AUGAAGCUUCAAUUCCUAGUCGCUUACUUAGCCUUAACCUUUGCCCAGAUUGUUUCUGGGUACACUACUAGAUGGAACCCGGAUUUCUCAUGUGAUGGUUGUAUCCUAAUCACUACCCCUUCUUCUUUGCAAGGAACUAUCAACACUGAUACUUCUGAGCCAACCUCUACCACCUCCUCUCCCUCCACAUCGUCCUCGGUGGAGCAACCCACCUCCUCUUCUUCUUCCUCCCCGACUACCUCUUCUCCCACGACUCAGGAGACAACAACCACUGCUGAAGCCACAACCUCUUCUAGCUCCUUGUCAUCAACUAUUACCUCUACUGUUGCACUUACUACGCCAUACACUUCCACUACAGCCACGAGCACCCUGCAAACAACACCUGCCACCACAGUGCUCACCGAAGGUCCCUCUUCGACUUCUCCAACAAAUACAAAUGAGGUAGUCACAACAGUGAUUGGCAAGCUGUCAACUAAUACGUAUGUUAUAUCUACCAGCUCGGCCAUUGUGUUGCUUGUGACCCAUACAGAAGCACUUACGUAUGUGAAUUCGCAGGUUUCCACUUCAACGCAAACUAUUCCCGAAUCGUCUUUGAUUGUUGAAGCAACAGCAACAUCAAUUUACACAUAUCCUGUGUCCACAACAAGUUUCCUCGGGUACUUCAAUCAUUCCACCAAUAGUAUUGAGUAUGAGACCGUCACUUCCAUUCUCUAUGGUUCUUCUUACUCUCUUUACACAGAUUAUAAAACACAGUACUUUACCAGCUACUUUACGACUACCACAGAAAAGGUGGUGACAGAAACCUAUAUCGCUUGGGAUACAAGAGUUAUCGAAUCUUAUAGCUUGACCACUGGCUACCAAACGCUAAUUUCAACUCUAUAUCCAACCACAGUGGUUUCCACCAUUGCGUCUUCAACUAUAUCCACUGCUCAGACUUCUGCUCAGACUACUUCUGCAACCAUCCUGCCUACCGUUACUGAAUCUUCUUACUUUACCGUCACCUCAGUGAUCAGUGCUUCUGAAAGUUCGUGUCUUGUUUGGGCUAACAGCGCGACUUCAUGGACUGUGGAUCCUGCUGAUAUUCAGAUCCAGAGCUCGCCCGCAGUCCAAGCUGUGGCCAAUGAGGGAAGGAAAAGUAAAGAUAGAACAGGGGUGGCUCUUUGGAUCACUAUGAUUGCCUGGUUUGCGAUAACUUUAUUCAUCUAA